UUUUGCAAUCGGACUUGCUAAUUUACAGACAUGAUGUGUCUCAACUUGUUUGGUUAGGAUGUGCUUUUAGAAAAAAAAAGCGAUUAAAUUUGAAGGGAAUAGGAUUUAAAAAUAUACAUGGCUAUGUGCUAAUUAGAUAGUGUUGGAUUUAUUUGCGUUUCUUUUGUGGUGAAACAGUUUACUAAGCCUUACAGACUUUACAGACCGGAUACAUCGCUGUGUUAUGUUUGGUUUACGUGGAUAAUAUAAUUAAUCAUAUUGAAGAGCAUUAUGUCAUUAAUAAAUAUUUGAAUGAAUUCAUCGGACUAAUGUACAUGUUAGAAAUCGUAUUACAUAAUACUAGUCAUUUUCAGUAACUCUUGGAAAUACAUGUAAGGAAAGUCAAACACUAAAUAAGACGGAUGUAAGCCAAAUUUGAUCUUAAAGAUUUAAAUUUAUUACCAAGUUUUCUGAUUGGCUAUGCAUCUUGCUUCAAAAACGCUUUGCAAUAUACGUUUUACCACGUGACUAUUGUGGUCUUAAGGCAAAUUACGUGACCAUUUUCUUCUAAGUUAAUUUUUAAAUCUAUUUAUAAGAAUAACGUGUUCCCCCUCACCAACCUAAAGCAAAAAUAACAUAAAUAAAAAAAAACUGUUAUGCUAAGGUUUUACCCAAAUGUGCAUAGUUGUUACAAACGGCUAAGUAAAUCGUUCUUCCUCAUUUAUGUUUAGUAUAAUUAACGUAUAGUAUGUUUAUCGUAUGGUUGUCCAAGUGCAAUGGACUGAUAAGACAACAUAAACAACACAUAUGAUACACAUUCAGUGAAUCCUGCGUGAGUUUUGGUUCAUAACUAGAGCAUGUAGCGGCAAUCCUUGAAAAACGAAAUCUGAAAAAAAAAAACAUGAAUAUCGUUCCUCAAUCCCCACGUAUCGGGCGUUCUCCGAGACUGAAGGCAAAAUGGCUGUCCAGUACAAUGGCUUAUCAGUACGGCAACAACGGCUCAAAAAAGAACGAAAUCCUCGUGCUCACCAAUGACCUUGAUCAAUACCUGCAGGACAUGUUCCAAAGUAUUGACACCAAAGGCCGAGGUAAAAUCACUCCAACUGACUUCGCCCUGCUGUGCGACGUGUUAAACCUCAAGGACGCCGGCACUGAAAUGAAUUGCGACGAGGAUUUGUCGUUCAAAGAUUUCCACGAGCGUCUGUGUGAGCAUUUCGCCUGUUAUGGCGACUAUGUAGGCUUCUUGGUGAACCAGACUUUUCGCGCCAAAAAUACGAAUACGAAUAAUCCCAUCGGCACUGAAACAAACUCGUCCAUUCCGGAUUGCACGAAACGGUCCUCGUUUCAGAAGCGGAUGUCGAAGUCCAAGAACCACCAAUGCAUUCACGACGCGGAGCUGUUUAAGAACUGGGACAAGCUCCGUCUGUCUGGUUUCCGGCUGAGCGAGAUGCGGGAGCAGAUCGACCACCUACUGUACGAAGUGACCUUCCAUAAAGAGGAAGCCCAGUCGCUAAGGGAGAUAAUCGAUGACCUCAGAACCAUGCUACAGUCGUCUGACGCACAAAAUAUCGGGAUGCAGGUCGCCGUAAAGCGGUACCAGCGCUACCUCCUUGGCGACAAUGAUGUCACGCUACAUCCGGGUACUGUUAAUGGCGAUUCUAAAACACGUCCCCUGCGUUCCAACAACAGACAUUCCAUGCCGAUCGAUAGCGGUCAUCUAGUGUAUCAGCCUUUGAAAGGCGAGGAGAAGUCGGUGGCGAUGCUCGCGCGCGAGCUCAGUCAUAUCCGGGAACUUCGAGAUCGCGAAGUGCGAGAGCUCAUUAACUACAACAACCAACUGCAGCAUGACGUCACAGACCUCUCUCGCGAGAUUUGUCGUCUGGAAGCGGAGAAAAAGCGGCAGUCGGGCCAGCUUGACCUGAUCGUGAAGACGUACACCUGCUGCCGGGAACUGUUUGCCGUCUGCGUUGACAGCUUCAGGGAAGUGGAAUCCGCGGGCACAUCCGGUAUGCAACUUCCGCCGUCACCGCUGCGCACACCGACGCGGACGCCAAGUCUGCAGAGACGUUUCUCGUUUUCUGGCGGGUGUCGCCCCGACAAAUCUGUAGCAGAAAGUACUAUAUCCGAUAACGCCGACACCGGGUCACGUGACCUUACCGCAGAUGAUCACACGGCACCGGAAGUGGUAUUGAUAAAGAGGCUGGAGCACGAGAUAAGCGCGCAGGCGGCAACUAUCUCCGCCCAGUUACAGGAGUUCGCCCGUCUGGACCAGGAAGUGACGAUGUGUCGGCGCCACCUGCAGACGACCAACUUCCAGGUGGAGGCCCUAGAGACGGAGUGCAGUCGUCUGCUCGCCCUGGAGGACCAGCUCGUGAGCGUCUUCCGGUUCCUGCAGAGAGGCCGCUCGCAGUGUCUGAGUCGCAAGACGCUUGGACAGCUGCUUCUUGACGUCAUCGACUCGAGCUUCGGGGAGGAGGACCAUGACAUGACGGCCGAUCAGUUCAUACGCAUCCUCCAGAAGACGCUGUCCGACUGUCCGCUGUUUCUAAUGGCAACGUGAUCCGUUUAGAGAAGUUCGCGCUGAUCUAGAGACUGACUGACCAGGCAAGGAACAUAUGUGAUCCUUCCUCUGAGAAAUCUUUCUUAGUGCAUGAGCGUAAAAAAGCGUCACAGAGAUAAGCCUGUGAGGACCGCUCAUGCAUUAGGCCCCGUUUUUUCCAGGGCGUGGCUCAUACUAAUAAAUGGCCACACGCAGACCAGACCAUGCUUGUGACUGUGAGCUAGGUAUCAGUAUAGAAGGAAACGUGUCAAAAUAUUUUAUUUUGAAAUCGUUUUGUUCUGUUUUCGGACACAAUUGUUUGCUUGUUGACUAUCUAUUUAAAAGAUUAUUGAACCAGUAUGUAUAUUUGCUUCCAUUGGUAGUAUCAUUAGUCUAAUUAUUUUUCGUUAAAUAUGAUUUUUCAACUUUAAAAAAAUGUUAAGCUAUAUAUACUUGUUAGUAUGUACCUGCAUUAUUGAUAAUGGACAAUCAAUACUCCAUAUAUAAUAUACCAAUAAUGAUCAAUGUGCACAUUUGAAAUUUACAUAGCUCAAUAUCACAUUAUUAUAUAAAAAGUAUUCUGUUCAUGUGUAUGGGAUCAAUAAAGUGUAUGAAUCAUUAA